AAAUGGCAAUAAGCUGUUAUUGGUAACAUCUUCGAUUAGUUUUUCUUUGGUUAUCUAUAGAUCCUUCUCAAUGAUUCAACACGUAAUGGCUGAACAAGUCGUCAACAGCCGACUAAAGUGACAGGUUAGAGGUUUGGCGAUACUUAUUCCCACUCUGCCAGCUGACACUAUAGCCCUACUUUCAUCAUUUGACUACCCAGGGUGAUUGGCAUAACCUUUGUGAAUUCUAGAGUGUUGCAAUUGAUGUCUGAGCUAAUAUAAGGGUACAGCAUAUCAGUAUUUCUGUCACAGACGGUGGAUCAAGCGUCAAACGUGUUUAGAGGGUGUCAAGUAGAGCUUUCAAACGUUCUUUUGCCUUGUUAAGGAGUAAACAGAAAACAUUUGGGACUUUUAAGGAGUUAACAGAACAGUUAACAUAAAUUCUGCUUCUGUAUUGCCCAAGGAACGGCAUAAUGUCUGUGAGUGAUUUGGGGCAAAGAAAAGAUACAAAUGCAGUUCAUGAUGCUGAAGGUUCUGUAAAUGUUGCUUCCACCGUGAAAGAUGCUCCAGUGCACCUUGAAAAACACAAUCCAUCAGCACUCCAAAACUCCAGCAUACAACAAAAUGGUCAUUGUUUAAAUGUUGAUAGCAAUGGUGAAACAGAAAACAUUCUGAAUGGAGGAGACAGGGGAGAAAGGCACAUGAAAAAACCAAUUAAAACAGCAGCAUCUGAGACUCCCACACUUGUGCCAGAAAGAACACCGGAGCCAAAGGAUCCCCCUGCAUCAGCAAUCAGAAAAGAUGAUGAAACACUUCGGCUGGAAGCUGCCUCGGAAGCUGUCCUUGCACCAGCUGAACAUCUGUGGUGCACAGCCAGAGACAAAGCUGUCAAGUUAAGGAUAUCUGAGUCAGGUCCUGGUUCUGAACCCCCAAUAACCAUUCACCAGAUGUUCCAGCAGACUGUAGACAAAUUUGGGGACCACCCUGCCCUGCGUUGGAAGAUAAAUGGCUCCUGGACAGCUCUGACUUAUAGAGAAUAUUAUCAGCAAUGCAGGGCUGCUGCAAAGAGCUUUCUCAAGUUGGGGUUAGAGCGUUUCCAUGGUGUUGGGAUUCUUGGCUUUAAUUCUCCAGAGUGGUUCAUUGCAGAUAUUGGAUGCAUCAUGGCAGGUGGCCUGGCGACUGGAAUCUAUACCACCAACUCCCCAGAAGCAUGCCAGUAUGUGGCAGAGAACUGUGAAGCUAAUGUUCUAGUGGUGGAAAAUAACAAACAACUGAUCAAGAUUCUACAGAUUAAAGACCAGUUACCCCUUUUGAAGGCCAUCGUUCAAUACAAGGGUGACCUUGAUCAAAAGUUGCCUGAUGUGUAUACGUGGAAAGAAUUUAUGCAGCUUGGAGUGGAUAUACCUGACUCAGACUUGGAUGCACUGAUUAACAGUCAGAGAGCAAACGAGUGUUGCACUCUUAUUUAUACCUCGGGGACCACAGGGAAUCCCAAAGGGGUCAUGCUGAGUCAUGAUAAUAUAACCUGGAUAGCCAACGCAGCUGGUACAUUGACGAAGUUAAAGAUGGCAGACGAAGCAAUUGUAAGCUACUUGCCCCUCAGUCACGUGGCAGCUCAAGUCAACGACAUGUGGAUUUGUAUGAAGUUUGCUGGGACAACAAAUUUUGCAGAACCAGAUGCUCUAAAGGGGUCUUUAGCUAACACCUUGCGUGAAGUCCGACCCACAAGCUUUCUUGGAGUCCCGCGAGUGUGGGAGAAAAUGCAGGAGGCAAUGAAGGCCAUUGGAGCAAAGUCAUCUGGUAUGAAGAAGAGAGUGGCAGACUGGGCUAAAGGCAUUGGACUUCAGGCUAGUUACAGUGCCAUGAAUGGCACCCAUGCAGUGCCUUGGGGCUUCAUGUUGGCUAAUAGCCUGGUUUUCAAGAAAGUCCGUGAGGCUCUGGGCUUGGACCGCUGCAAGGCCUGUUACACAGGUGCUGCUCCUGUCACCAAGGAUACACUGGAGUAUUUUAUGAGUCUCUACAUCCCUGUGUAUGAGCUAUAUGGAAUGAGUGAGAGCACUGGACCCCAUACUAUCUCCUGGGCAGAAGCCUACCACAUCAUGAGCUGUGGUAAGGUGGUACCUGGCUGCAAAACAAAGUUGGACAAGCCAGACCAAGAUGGAAACGGGGAAAUCUGUUUCUGGGGUCGUCAUGUCUUCAUGGGGUACCUCAACAUGCCUGAAAAAACCAAGGAGGCUUUGGAUGAAGAAGGUUGGCUACACUCUGGUGAUUUGGGCAAACAUGACGAAAAUGACUUCCUUUACAUAACAGGGCGGAUAAAAGAGCUUAUUAUUACAGCGGGAGGGGAGAACAUUCCUCCAGUACCUAUUGAAGAUGCGGUAAAAGAGGAAGUGUCUAUCAUCAGCAAUGCUAUGCUGGUUGGAGACAAGAGGAAAUUCCUCUCAAUGCUUCUCACACUGAAAUGCAAUGUUGAUGAGAAUGGGGAACCAACUGAUGAGCUAACUCCACUAGCAGCUGAGUUCUGCAAACAGCAUGGUGUCAAUGCCAGCAAAGUCUCAGAGAUUGUUAACACUAAAGACACAGUCAUUUAUAAAGUCAUCCAGGAAGGCAUAGACAGAGUCAAUACCAAGGCCACAUCCAAUGCUCAGAGGGUCCAAAAGUGGACCAUCUUGCCACGAGACUUCUCCAUUUCUGGGGGAGAGCUUGGUCCAACUAUGAAGCUCAAGAGGCCGGUGGUUGCAAAGAUGUACAAAGAAGAAAUCGACAAGUUUUACACAGAAUAAUCUCAAGGACCUCUUAACAAACUAAUAACUAGACUUAUUCAAACUGAUGAGGUUGAAUGCUUUUUUUUUUUUUAAAUUCAGCUCCUCUGGUUUGAUUCCUAAAUGAUGUUUUUGCUAACUCCACCAUAACCCACAGUCAUGAUGGAAAAUGCUUGAUUGAAAUGUAACUACCUAUUGCUCUAUAUUUAAGUGGUUAGCAUGUACAUAGCUCUAGACAGUGUCUGAUAGCUGCAGUCUGUGUACAUAAUAAACCCAAACAUCACCAAAUACACCCCUUAAAGCUAUUUGAACUUCCUCCCUUUUGAGCUACUUUGCACAGAGAUUAGAAAUUAACUAUAGUAUUAAUGUGUAUAUUUUGCUAAUCCCUUAGUGCUGUUGCUUGAUUAAUCUCUAAACUGCUUUUACCUAUAGACUUAGAUGCAUCUGUCUUCUCUCACUGUAAAAGUCUGUGCCAUGUAUUCAACCAAUGUACUAAAUGAGGAUUAUUCUCAUGUACAAUAUUUACAUAAAAAAGUUUCUGUGCGGAUCUUACGCUAAUACACUAUUCAUUCAGAGUAGAGAGCUUGUACGAACGCUACACCAAGAAAGAACUAUCAGACAAAAUUGAUGAACAGAAUAUGUUGUAUGAUUAUGCUGUACAAGGGAUAAAAACCAUAUUUAAUGAAACAGAACAGUAUGUGCAGGUGAACAUGAAAUCCAUAAAAAAAAGUGCGUUCUGUAUUUGUAUCAUGCAUAUUUAUGAAUAAACGGAGGCCUUUAUUUCAGA